UAACCUAAAGUUAACAUCGACACAAGAACGUCUCCAUCGCUCAUCCGUUCUCCAUCGCAUCUGUUCAUCGCUGCUGCUGUUGUCUACCGUGAAUCGCACCCCUCCUCUGCUCGCCGCCGUUAGCCUUUUUCCUCCCCACCGGACGGAGAUCGUCGCAGCCACAGGUUAUUGGUUGUAGAUCUGAUUAAAGUCGGAAGAUGGGGCGAAAAGCUGGUGAGCUGCAUAUAAACGCAAAGAAGUUUGGUGGACUUUCAAAACCAUGUAUGAAGGAUAUGAUUACAUUUCUUGGGUGUUUGUCACUUAAUCAUAACUCUGAUGAAAAAUGCACUCGUCAACGACAACUACUAGACACCUGUUUGGAAUCCCAGACUGGCAAAAAAAGAAAACCUUGGGGAACCCUCAAUUAUCACUUGCAGAGGCUCAACAGAGGGAGGAAGUAGUAGUAAUUACCAAUUUUGGUUAUUUUUUCACUCAUUACCAAUUUUUAUUCAUGAUUAUAAAUCAUACAAUGUGGUAUUAAUAUCUCUAUGAAAUAAGUUUUCAUGGAUCAUCAUGCACUUUGCUGGAUGGAUAUUCACUUCUAGAAUUUCAUAAAAUGCAAGUAUUUGUAUUUACUUCUUCACUUUAUUCAAUAUAACUAAGGUGUAAUGUAUGGUGUAUUGUUUGCGUAUGUAUCAAUAUAUGAUGUGUGUUUAAUGA